AUGAGCGGAAAUCGUCUUCAGUCAAAGGUGUGCGUUGUCACCGGUGCCUCAUCCGGUCUUGGUCGAGCUAUCGCUCUGGCUUUUGCCCAGGAAGGUGCCAGGCUUGUUGUCUGUGGUGAUCUUCGUCAGACUCCCGCUGGAGCUCCUGAACCUGAUGCUGAAGGUGCUGAGGAGGAGGAGAUUGAAGAUGACUCUGACUCUGACUCAGACUCUGACGAUGAGGAUGAACCUGCUGCCAAUGACCCCAACCGAUUCGUACCCACUGAUAAAUUGAUCUGUCAACUAUAUGGAGAAGGCAAGGCUCUCUUUGUUCCCACAAACACAACUGUUGAGGAGCAAGUUGAGCAAUUGGUAGCUACUGCUGUCAAGGAAGGUGGCCGACUUGAUGUUAUGGUGAAUAAUGCUGGUGUAUUUGGCCCAAUUGGCUCAGCUCAUGAGCUGGCGAUAGAGGAUUUCCAGAAAACAAUGGCUGUGAACGUGACUGGUCCUUUCCUGGGAACCAAGUACGCCGUCAAGGCCUUUUUGGGACAAGAGCCUGAUGAGGAAGGCCAGAGAGGAAAGAUUAUCAACAUGGCCAGUGCUGUCGCCUUCCGAGAGGUUCCCAUGGCCUUUUCCUACAAUAUUUCCAAGGCGGCUGUGGUCUCAUUGACCAAGACAACUGCCGUUCAAUAUGCCGAGCAUAAGAUUCGCUGUAAUGCGAUCUGCCCUGGAUUUAUCAACACUGCCAUGACCGAAAUGAUGUUUGCCAUGCCUCAAGGAGCCGGCUUCAUGGAGCGAGCUACCCCAUUGGGUUUUGCUCAGAACGGUACUGCCGAGGUUGGAAAGUCUGCUGUCUACCUGGCCAGUGAUGAGUCUUCAUGGGUGACAGGAGCAUCUCUUGCAGUGGAUGGAGGAUUCGCCGUCCACACCUGA